ACUGCCAGCGUGCUGUCCACACACCGAACACGAGAGAAACAGCAUCAUCACUCCCAUAGAGACCAUAGCACCGUUGUUUAACGUUUAGUAUCCAUAUUCAUCUAGGAGAGUUUGAGCCAUGUGCGGGAUUUUUGCUUACCUAAACCACCAAGUGCCUCGCACCAGGAAGGAGAUAUUUGAGACACUAGUGAAGGGAUUGCAGAGACUUGAGUACAGAGGCUACGAUUCAGCAGGCAUUGCUGUGGAUGGAAAAAGCAAAGAAAGCUCUGACAUCAAUGGCAAAGCAAUUUGUUUGAUCAAGAAGACAGGAAAGGUCAAGGCUUUAGAAGAAGAACUUAACAAGAAAGACAAUCUUGACCUGGAGGAGGAACUGUGUAUGCAUUUCGGCCUGGCUCACACUCGCUGGGCCACACACGGAGAGCCGAGCGCACUGAACAGCCACCCUCAUCGCUCUGACAACAAUAAUGAGUUCGUCGUCAUCCACAAUGGCAUCAUCACCAACUACAAAGAGCUAAGGGCCUAUCUGAUCACCAAGGGAUAUGAAUUUGAGUCCGAAACGGAUACAGAAGUGAUCCCGAAGUUGAUCAAAUACGUUUACGACAACCGGGAGGAUGACAGCAUUCGCUUCUCAACACUGGUGGAGAGGGUCAUUAAGCAGCUGGAAGGAGCUUUUGCUCUGGUGUUCAAAAGUCGCCAUUUCCCAGCAGAGGCUGUGGUUGCCAGAAGAGGAAGUCCGUUGCUUAUUGGCGUGCGAAGUGAAAACGAACUGUCAACCAAACACAUCCCGGUCCAGUACAAGAGUGCUCUCCAAAAGGACGGCAUCCAGGAAAUGAACAAUCAUAACCGUCGUGGUAGCACUAUUAACUCUGUAGGGGAUGGCAGCGCAGUGGAGUUUUACUUUGCAUCUGACGCCAGUGCCAUUAUUGAGCAUACCAACAAAGUGUUGUAUCUAGAGGACGAUGACAUUGCAGUGGUGAAAGGAGGGAAACUUUCCAUCCACAGAAUGAAUCGACAGGCCGGUGAAGAUCCUGUACGGGCCAUCCAAACCCUAAAAAUGGAACUGCAACAGAUAAUGAAAGGAAACUUUGAUUCUUUCAUGCAGAAAGAGAUCUUUGAGCAGCCAGAGUCUGUGGUCAACACAAUGAGAGGCCGCAUUUGUUUUGAUUCCAAAACUGUGGUUCUCGGAGGAUUGAAGGACCAUUUGAAAGAAAUCAAACGCUGCAGACGUCUCAUCGUGAUUGGCUGUGGCACUAGUUUCCAUGCUGGAGUCGCUACCAGACAAGUCCUGGAGGAAUUAACGGAGCUCCCUGUCAUGGUUGAAUUGGCGAGCGACUUCCUGGACCGCAACACACCUGUUUUCAGAGAUGAUGUCUGCUUCUUCAUAAGCCAGUCAGGAGAGACGGCAGACACCUUGAUGGCUUUGCGUUACUGUAAGGAAAGAGGUGCCUUAACAGUGGGCAUAACGAACACUGUGGGAAGCACCAUUUGCAGAGAAACAGACUGUGGAGUCCAUGUCAAUGCUGGACCUGAGAUUGGAGUCGCCAGCACUAAGGCGUACACCAGUCAGUUUGUAGCACUCACAAUGUUUGGCCUUAUGAUGAGUGAGGACAGGCUCUCCCUACAGACUAGAAGACAGGAGAUCAUCAACGGCCUCAAAGAACUACCUGAUCUGAUUAAAAAGGUGUUGGCUCUGGAUGAGAAGAUAAAGCUUAUUGCAGAAGAGCUGUACCAGCAGAGGUCUCUUCUGGUCAUGGGCCGUGGUUUCAAUUAUGCCACAUGCCUCGAGGGGGCACUGAAAAUCAAAGAAAUCACUUACAUGCACUCCGAGGGCAUUCUGGCAGGCGAGUUGAAGCAUGGGCCUUUAGCUCUCAUUGACAAACAUAUGCCAGUCAUCAUGAUCAUCAUGAAGGAUGCCUGCUACACCAAGUGUCAAAACGCCCUACAACAAGUCACUGCUAGAUCGGGCCGGCCCAUCAUCCUCUGUUGUCAGGACGACACUGAUGUGACCAUGAAUGCCUAUCGGACCAUCGAGCUGCCGCGUACUGUCGACUGUCUGCAAGGCAUCCUCAGUGUCAUCCCACUGCAGCUAAUGUCCUUCCAUUUGGCUGUACUGCGAGGAUAUGAUGUUGACUGUCCCAGAAACCUAGCUAAGUCUGUGACGGUGGAAUGAAUACAAGACUCGAAGCACAGAAGAGCAGAAAGGACGCUCUUUGCUUUGUAGCUCAAAUGUGCAAUUCAACUUUCAUAAUGUUUGUUUUUAUGAUUCUGUGUGUGCAUGUGUGCGUAUGUGUGGGAGAGACAAAUGAAAAAGACUAGGUACAUGAACCUUUUUGGGUUUAUUUUUAUCAAAACAAAUGUGAAGUUUAAUCAAUACACUGAUGAGGGAGCACCAGUCCUGUGCUAUUGAGAUUUUGCAUCGAUCGUGAUGAAUUGUGCUUUUUUUCUAUAUCACCAGAUGAGCCAAAAACCCUUUUACAUGCUUCGUAAUAACAUUUUAAAUGCCAAAUAGAAUAAAUUACAAAUGUGCAAUAUGGAGGACUAAAUGUGCAUUAUGAAUACUAGUUCUGACUGAACUUUUUUUUCAUGAUCACUUGCUUAUCUUGCAUCCAAUUAUGGUGAACAGUUAUACAAGAAUAAUGUUUAUUGUUUAAUUUAAAACAAACAUUAUGUUGCUUCUGUUUAACAGAACAUGAUGGUUUGCAAAGUUUAGUUUUAUGCUAUCAUCGCAGCAUGUUAGAAUUCUAAUGGAAACACAAAGUUUUUGUGGUUAAUCAUUAUCAUCAUGACACAUGUAAGGAGUCAUCACUCAACAUUGCUUUUGCCAUUGUUUACAGUUUUUGAGCUGUUUGCUUUAUCGCGAAUAAUGAUAUUUUAUAUUUAUCUGAUUUUACUUUAGGACCUAUAAACAAGAAAUGGUUUAUAAUUGUACCUUUUUUCAAGCCAUGUGUUUUUACAGACAACUUGCUCAAUGAAACGGCAUAAGGAAUACUAUACCAAAUGUGCACUUCAUUUGUU